CUCAGCCGAGGAUGAAACUCCAGAGACUCCUAAACCCUCAGACCCUUAAACCCAAAACCCUCAUCUCCAUCUUCCCCACAACAACCCAAUCUCCUUUCUCUUCUCUCCCCCAACCCAUCACCCACGACUCCCUCGUCAACUCCAUCAAAUCCUCUCAGUGGCAUUUCAUCGAACACCUCCCGUGCAACCUCCCCUCCUCUCUUAUCUCCCAAACCCUCCUCUCUCUCCACCAAUCCCCCCACCUCGUCCACCAAUUCGCCUCCCAUUUCGACCUCCGCCGCCUCGACACCCACACCCAAUGCCUCGCCGCCGCCAUCCUCGCCUCCCUCCCCUCCCCAAAGCCCUCCACCGACCUCCUCAAACACCUCCUUCACAUCGCUCCGAUUCGCGACGUUUUCGACUCGCUGGACCGUGCCAGACUGCGUCUGUCUCCCCCAAGCGGCGCCGGCGCCGUCUUGGACUCCCUGGUGAGUGCUUGCUGUGAACUGAAGAGGGCCGAUGAUGCAUUUGAAUGCUUUAGGUUCAUGACGGGCGAGAAUGUAGCUCCGAAGACGAAGACAUGUAAUGAGCUGUUGAGCUUGUUUUCGAAGAUGAACCGGACCGAGAGGGCGUGGGUUUUGUAUGCUGAGAUGUUUAGGUUGGGGAUCAAGUCGAGUGUUUGUACUUUUAAUAUCAUGAUCAAUGUGCUGUGUAAACAAGGCAAGCUUAAGAAGGCCAAGGAGUUUCUCGGGUUGAUGGAGGUUUUCGGAGUGAAGCCUAGUGUUGUUACUUACAAUACUCUCAUUCAUGGGUUUUGUAAGAGAGGCAGAGUCGGAGGGGCGCAGUUGAUUUUGAGUGAUAUGAAAAGGAGAGGAGUCGAGCCGGAUUCAUACACGUAUGGAUUGCUUAUUAGUGGGAUGUGUAGGGAGAGAAGGCUCGACGAAGCGUCUGGUAUUUUAGAGGAAAUGCUGGAGAUUGGGAUGGUUCCGAGUGCUGUUACUUAUAACACUUUGAUUGAUGGUUAUUGCAAUAAGGGUGAUCUGGACAGGGCGUUCAGUUAUAGAGAUGAGAUGGUGAAGGAGGGGAGAAUGCCGACUGUGGCGACUUACAAUUUGUUGGUUCAUGAGUUGUUUAUGCAAGGUAGGGUGAGUGAGGCUGAGGGUAUGGUUAGGGAAAUGGAAGAGAAGGGAAUGGUUCCUGAUGCCAUUACGUAUAAUAUUUUGAUUAAUGGCUAUUGCAGGUCUGGCAAUGCAAAGAAGGCGUUUUUUUUUCACGAUGAAAUGUUGACGAAGGGGAUAGAGCCCACCAAGGAAACUUAUACGUCGCUUAUUUAUGUUUUGAGUAAGAGGAAGAGGAUGAACGAGGCGGAUGACUUGUUUGCGAAGAUACAGCGUAAGGGUGUUCUGCCGGAUCUCGUGAUGUUCAAUGCCUUGAUUGAUGGUCAUUGUGCUAAUGGGAAUAUGGGGCGUGCAUUUUCGCUAUUGAGUGAGAUGGAUAAGAUGAAAGUUCAUCCAGAUGAAGUGACUUACAAUACCCUGAUGCAAGGGCGCUGCAGGGAAGGGAAAGUUGAAGAAGCUCGGGAACUUCUGGAUGUGAUGAAGAGAAGGGGAAUUAAGCCUGAUUUCAUUAGUUACAACACCCUCAUUAGUGGACAUAGUAAACGUGGUGAUAUGGAUGAUGCCUUUAAAGUUCGAGAUGAGAUGUUGAGUAUAGGUGUUAAUCCUACACUUUUAACGUACAAUGCUCUUAUCAAAGGUCUAUGCAAAAACCAAGGAGGUGAUCUUGCUCAAGAACUCCUUAAAGAAAUGGAGGGCAGAGGGAUUACUCCGGAUGCCAGCACAUAUUACUAUCUGAUUGAGGGCAUUGAGAAUGUUGAGGAAUUUCUCAGAAAGGGUGAUUCAUGAAGUCUCUUUCUCCGUGAUUUGUCAUCUCAUGAAAGUGUUUUUUUUUCAAACCAAAUUAUAGUUCUGGUAGAUACUUUGUAACGGCUUGGCAAACUCAUCUCAGUUGCUAAGAGGCUCAGCUUUAACCAAGUGCAGUUUGGACUUAGAAAUCAAUCAUCUUCGGUGCAUCAUUUUGUGGCCAGGUUCUACUUGUUUGUAGCUAAUAACAUGAAGAACUCAAUCCUUGCAAAAUGUUCUGAAAUGGUGAAGUGGGUCAUCCAAAGAGUUUGACAUUGAAGAUAUUGGUACCUGUACAGGUUAUCAACAGACUACUAAAACAGUAUUGUUCUCGGACAAUAGCUCUGGAAGAUUCUAGAAGAUAACCUGUCAAGCUUUGCUCAGGUAUCUACCGCUUUCAAUGGCUUUGUUGAACUUGAAUCAGAAUGAACUGAUUAAUUUUAUGAAAGAACGAUCUACUUAAAUAUUAUGUAAGCUAACCUCUUCUGUUUAGUUUUUUUUCUUUGUUGGCACUGAACUGCACCCUGUACACACAUCAUACUUGA